AUGAGCAAUAUCAGGAUUGCCUUCGAUAGGUAUCUGGAAUUGCAGUCUGCAAAAAGACAUGCUGAAAUGCUUAGAUGGUGUCUUGACGACGUUCUACCGAACUACACAGCCAGCAGAAUUCAGAAGAAAUCCAUGUUGCUACCAAUGAAUCUUAAGUUAUCAUGCAAAUUGUCCAAUAUUGGUGUGAGAAAUUUUGGAUUGUGGAAGCGGAAGUUUUCUGUUGUAUCGUGCCAGUAUUUUAAUAGUAACUACGACGUACUGGUGAAAAGGGAUACAAAUCGUGAUCAAAUAGUCAAAAUUGCAAAUCAGAAGUUAAUGAACUUCACUUCAAUGCUUAAAAAUAAUGAUAAUACAAAGGAGCAUUAUGAUCUUUCUGAUCUAAUUAUGAAUAUGUUUGAAUGGUUUUAUUCCUAUGGUCUCUUUGAACAUUGUUAUAAGGUUUUAUCCAUCACUCCAAAACCUAGAUUUCGUUGGUUUACCCACACAGAUACUAAAAAAGUAUUGUACGUAAUUGAUAAUUUUGGUACCCAAACAGAUGUUGUUGAAUUAUUCAGGGCAUUUCCAUCUUCAAAGUCGGUAAAGGAUUUAGUGGUCGUUACUAACUUGAGAAAGAAUGAGUUUCUAAAUAUUCUUAUAGGUAUGCUAGAAGACUGUAAGGCAGAUAAUAUUUUGAAAUCCUUUACCAAUAUUCUCCGUCUUUCAAACUCAAGAACAGAUUCUGGAACCUUUAUGAUCACUCUUGUAUUAUCAUACAUUAUCAAAAAUUUUUGCACUAAAGAUCAGGCUCGUGCUCUAGUUAAACGAGUAACCCAAAGUGAUCUGCCAAAAGCAUUUUACUCCGGUCCUCUAAUUUGUGUGAUGUAUGAUUUUAUAUUAGAAGACGAAGGUCUAGAAGAGGCGAUAAAGUGGAUGAAACGGAUUGUGAACAGUCCUGGAGUAACGUAUACUGAUAAAGGUUGGAUUGUUUUUUCUGCAUUGAAGCACGGUGACAAGAGACCACUUUACAGUUUUCUAUUGUGGGCCAGUCUUUUUAAAGAUGUGUCUCUUAAUUAUGAAACAGUUCCAUCGGAGUUACUUAUUUUGAAAAGCAGGUGGUUAUUUUCCCAUAAAUUUGACUUUUCCCAGUUGGAUAAUCUCCGUGUUAGUGAAAAUGAGAUAUCACGUUUAGUUAGCAUUUUAAUUUAUGGUCACACGUUAUGGGGUUCGAAAGAGGAAGCUUUAAAGUUUUAUUCUUAUAAGGAGUCGCAUAUUUUGAAGUUAGAGACUUCUGAUAGAAUUGGAAAAUUAAAAUGUCUUGCCCAUUUGAAGAGGUAUUCUGAAGUACUAGAGUUUCUUGAUGGUUGUAUUGGAGAAGAUGCGAAUGUUAUGAGCUCUGCAAGUUAUGAUGUCGUAUUCUUGUCACUUGCCAAGCUGAGAAAAUGGAACAAACUUAAGGACCAAUUUGAUUCCCUAUAUAAAAAAGAGCAAAUUACGACUUUAAGAGAGUACUCAGUAAUGUUUAUGUCAUUGGCUUCCAGAGGAGCCACAAAAUAUAUCUUGAACUUGUGGGAUACUUUCACAAAAAGAGGAUAUACUCCAAAUGAAACGAUUUUAGCCUCUAUUAUUUUUGGCUUCAUAAAAACAAAAUCAUAUACAAAGGCCUUACAAUGGUUUUCAGCCUAUUCAUAUUAUCAUGUGCCCCUUGGUUUAAAGUCAUAUGGCUUGAUGCUAAACGCUUUGGCCAGCACUAAUGAUUUUGCUUCUUGUUUUCGCUUGUUGGAUGAAAUGUCUUCGAGAAAUUUGAAGUUAACCUCCCUACAAAUGAAGCCAUUACUCAAGCAGUGCGCAUUGCUAGGUGACACCAAGGGGGUUAUUAAGGUUCUUAAAGAAUAUUAUCCGAUGUUUGAUAUUGUUAUAACAAAUAAUGAUAUGAGAUGGAUUAAUUGGUCACAUUAUUAUGGUAAUCGAUUUGGAACUGUGAUUCAGAAUUAUUACAGAAGGCUGAAGAUGCAUUCCGCUAUCGACUAUAAAGACACGGUGCUAGCAUUAGAAUCGGCAAGUAAGUAUAGUGAUCCGUUAAAGUUCUGGAGUCUUUGGAGAAAACUUGAAAGAAAUCAUGAAAUUAUGGGAAUUGAUGCAUACAUUAUCUACAUGAAUUGCUAUGUUCGCCGUUUCGGGCUGUUCAAUAUUGAUAAUGAGUUGGAUAAAAUUCAAGAAGUGGUGAGAUGUAAACACUUUCCGAUAAAAAUUUUCAAUGAAAUGAUAUUUUCGUCAAUUCGGAAAGGACGUCCGGAGUACACACCGUACAUUCUUAAAAUGGCACUCAACAGAGGUUGUAUCCCUUCUUCUAAAACAUAUUCUUUAUUAUUGCAAUCGAAUUGUUCAUCCUACCGUUAUUCCGAAGGGCAUAUCGAAGAAACGAUUCAAUUGUUAAAUGAGGUGUUGCUCAACAGGCGGAAAGACAAAUUAGGGAAGCUCAAUAGGGAUCUCAAUCCGAUGUCCUUUAAACUUGUAAUGAUGCAUAUUUUGAAAUUUAAGGGCGUUGUCACUGCAAGAAAGUAUUUUGAGCUUUAUGUUGAAAGUUCGAAAAACUAUUUGUUGGACAAUAUACACAUUUUGAAUAUAGAGUUGAUGUUGUUGGGCGAGGAAGGUCGAUGGGAAGAGUUCUCUGGAUGUUACGAUAGAUAUAUAUUGUUGCUGAAGAGCAAAAUGAAAUAUGCGAGAUUUCGUUCGAGUUCCACUACAUAUAGCACCAGAGUUAAACAGUUUGGAUAUCCACUUGCCUCUUCCGUUAAUGAAUUUCCCAUCCGAAUCAGUCACAGUCCCUCUUUGAGAAUACCUUCGUCUAUAAAAAAAGCCAUGUUCACGGUCUGGCCAUAUCGAUUACGUCAACUAGAAUAUAUGGAGCAGCUUGAUGACGUGAAUUCCAAUAUUAAACUACUCUACAAAAAUGGAUUUAUGCUUUCCAAUAAUAAUUUAAAUGAUACCGCGCUCCUGAUGAGUAAGCAUUAUGAAUUAAUUGGAGAUACAGUGUUAUUUAUUAACCGGUACCUUUUACCCAAACAUCUGAAGGAAAUACAAUAUAAUUAUUCCAAAAUGAGAUACCGAUUGGGCAAAUUUUCCCGCCAAAGAACACCCUCAAUAUACAUAAAGAAAGAUGUUUUCUUUCAGAUUAUGGAUAAUUUUGAUAAUGCCUUAAGUGCACGUUUAACACCGGCUCAAAAGGAUGAUUUGCUUGAUUCUGUCACAUUCUCUGGUUCCUUCAACAUUUUACAAAGUUUGAGAAAGGUAAUUGCAAGCAGGAAUAGGUUGGUGUUAUUAUCUAAGUUCACAAGAAAAAUAAGAGAGCGGUUCUACAAUAUUAGGCAUCAUUCGUUAAUAAACUGGAAGCGUUAUGAUGCGAAAUUAUUUGUGUUAAAUAUGUUGAAUAAACGAAUUAGGUACAGAUCGAAGGAGUAUUAUUUGAGAGAAAGAAGAAAAGAAAUCAUCAAAGACUUAACUAACGAGAAUGAUGCAGAGACAAUAUCCCAGUUAAGUUUGAAAAAGGAUAAGGUCAGAAAAGAAUUUCUGGAAUUGAAUAGAAAGAAAAGGUCUGUGUUGAACAGUAUCAGGGAAGAGAACUCUGGAUUAAAGAAAUAUAAUGUGGGCGAUUUUAACUUGUAUAAAUUCUCUGCUACUCGGACAAGCAUUGAUCGAACCGAAAAAAGUGAAGAGGUUGGGUCUAAACCGAGAAAUUCAUAG